AUAGCGCUGAACGGGCUGUUGAGAUAAGGAAAACCAUAGUGAAUUACUUUGCGGACAACAAGCCCCAAGACACAACCGUAGCCGCGACGUGGCUGGCCCAUAAGGCUGUGAUACGAGGAGCACUGAUUAGGGCUGGAGCGACACUAAAACGCAAACUAGAGGAAACCAGCAGAGCAAAGCUUAGGGACCUGAGACUUGCGGAGGACCUCCACAAAUCCUCACCCUCUGACGUGACAAGACAGGCUGUUAAUAAGAUUAGAGCUGACUUAGAAGUUCACCAACUCCAGCGAGUAGAGAGGGCUCUCCGCAAACUCAAAA